UGCGGGAGGGGAGCGGAGGAGGCGGAUCUCUUCCCGUUCCCAUCCCCGAUCCCGCCGUGCGAGUGCGGGGCUGGCGGCGGCGGGGUGGCCAUGGCCUCCAUGGCGGCGGCGAUCGCCGCCUCCCGCACGGCGGUGAUGAACGGGAACCGGCCGCUGGACGAGCGGGAGCGCAAGCGGUUCAGCUACUUCUCCUCGCUGAGCCCCAUGGCGCGCAAGAUCAUGGCGGAGAAGGAGCGGAUCCGCGAGCGCUACGGGCCCGAGUGGGAGCGGCUGCCGCCCCGCCAGCAGGACGAGAUCAUCGACAAGUGCCUGGUGGAGCCGCACGUCCAGGCCCGCUACGCCGCGCACCGCGGCACCUCCCGCCCGCCCGCGCAGCCCCCCUCCUACCCCAGCCUGCGCCUCAACACCGGGCAGAAGGUGGUGCGCUUCGGAGACGAGGACAUAACUUGGCAAGAUGAACACUCAGCUCCGUUCUCCUGGGAAACGAAGAGUCAGAUGGAGUUCAGCAUUGCAUCUCUCUCCAUACAAGAGCAAGGUGGUGCCCAGCUGCAGAACGAACAGAGGCAGCCUGUCAAAGCAGCAGCUGGUGCCCAAGCCCCUAAGUCUUCUCAGGCCAGUAAGACCCCUGGCUCUGAUGGGUUGAUACCAUCCAGAAAGGAAGAGGAGUCGUCCUUCUGGAAGAUAAACGCAGAGCGCUCGAAGUUUGAAGGAGACAAGUCUGAGUUCCAGUCCCUGACCCCCAGCCAGAUCAAGUCCAUGGAGAAAGGAGAGAAGCCCCUUCCCUCUUUUUACAGACAAGAGUCUGCUCCAAAGGAGACGACCAAAGCUGAGAAGCCCAGCAUAACUAAACCAGAGAAGUCUGUCGCCCCCAGCCUACCUUCUGUAUCUCUGGAAUGGGAGAAACCUCGACCCACUCAACUCCCUACUACUUCUCUAGAUGACUUCUUUCUUCCUGAUCCACCACAGGAUCUGGCAUCUUCUAGGACAAACAAGGAAGAUACUGAUGGUACUGUACUUACAGACCCACAAAUGCCUGGACAGACUAGUACAAGCAAUGUUAUCUUGAAGACUGGCUUCGAUUUUCUAGACAACUGGUAAAAGAUACUUCAAAACAGAUCAAACCAAUUUUGGGGAAGGAGUGGAAUACCUUUCUCCUUGUAUGUUAAUUUACUAGCAUUUGUGUCUUUUUCUAGAAGUAACUUUCAAAACUCUUAAAUGUUGCCUUUGUAUAAACUUUUGUAAUACCGUAUGCGUUUUUGUUUUUUUUUAAACAGUGAUAGAAGUGUGGUUUCAUUUGGAUAUUUUUUUAAUAUCUGUUAAAAUUUUUAGUAGCUACUGUGUUGAGAGGAUGGAGGAAGUUACUGUACACAUGUUAAAGAAACAGAAAUGAGAGUCUCUGUAUCCUGGAAAUGGAACCUACAGGACCAGAUUGCUGUUUUCAGGGGAAACCUGGCUAGCAUGGCUUGUAAGAAAUAGUGUUGCACGUGCAGUGGUUCCCACCAUGCUUCAGAUAGCUGGCAAAAAGCAGUAUGAAAAGCAAGCAUCCAGAAUUGCAUUGAUUUGUAGAUUUUGUUUAGUUUGAAAGUAUCUCUUGUACCACUUACUGAAGACACUUCUGAAGAAGGCAAAGGCAUUGCCAAAAUGAUGGAUCCAGAAAAGCACUGUGCUUGUACCCUACAAAUCUGCUAAAAUAACUUAAGAAUGUUAGAAAAAUGACAUGGGGAAAUGAUGUUUCUGGUCUUUGGAUUGAAGACUUGGGGGUGGGUAGAAGGGAGUGGGACAACACCUAACAAAUUGGAGAAAUUCUUCAGGGAACACAAUUUCACUGCCUCCUUACUAGAGCAUAACUCUUCAUAAUGCUAGUGCUGGAACUACAGCACUGAGAAUUUCUGGAGUGUAGAUCACCUUUGUGUCAGUAAACCACUAUGUUUAUGGGAGGUCCCAGCAGCGUGAGGCUUUUUGGUUUUUUAAGCAGCUUGUCGUCUCAAGGACUCAUCAACUUUGGUGCUUUUUCCUCCUUGUGGGUUCAUCCUCUUUAGUGUUCAACAUCUGGGUUACAUUUUUUCCUAAGGUGCAGAGAGGCAUCUCAAGGUGGCCCUUGGCAGUGUUGCCUCCAGUUCUGCUUUUGAAUGAUCUUUGGUGUUUAAAAUGUAGAGAACAAGAGUAGCUGUCAUUUGGAUCUGUUGUCUCUGAAAUGCAGCAUGAUUUACACACUGAUUCUCACUGUGUUUACCUCACCUUGAAGCCUUAAUUCCCCUACGCACAGCCAGUGACUGGUCUGCUCCAAUGCCAAAGGUUCGACUUCUCCCUUUACCUCAGCAAUAGUCCCAUAGCAUUUGUUUGGGGUACAAGGCAAAACACAGGGCUCUAAUGGGUCCCAGACAAGGCUGUAAGAAGGUCACCAUCUCCUAAGCCAUAGUUGUGCUAGACUUCUCAUGGAUUAGCACUUGACAUUUGGUUCAGUGCCAGGGGCAGUUAAAUGUGCAGAAUUGGAUGCGGCAGAAUUUUUUCUGCUUGUUACAGGAAGAGUUUGCAAUGUCCUGGAAGAAUCCUUGCCUCUAAUGGGUGUGCUGCUUGCUCUGAACGAGCAGAGUAUGCUGAUAGAGCAUUAAAAUUUACUUGUUGGGCAAGGAAAAUGCUGUUAGCAUAAUCCCCCCACUCUUGCUCCCACACCCCACUGAAAAAAAAAAUAAAAAAUAAAAAGAACUACCGAGGCCAAAACCUCCACUUUUUCUAGUGUUUUCUCAAGAGGUUCCUUAGCUAAACAGUAAAACUGCCACAAAGUAGAAGUCAUUGUAUAGCAUACCCUUAUGUAUAGGCUUCUGAAAGCUUCUUUACAUUCUUCUUGAGAUGUACAAACUCCUGUAGUUCAUGGAUAUUGUCUCUGUGUUCAGCAGUUCAGAAAAUAAUUGUUGUUACCAUCCUGGACUUUACCGCUGUUUUUUUCCUUUGUAGCAUUUGCUACAAGCAUCCAGAAUUAAUACAGCUUAGAACACAAAUUCUUUAGGUGUGUGAUUAAUACUGACUUGCACCUUCCUUUUAAGGCUAAGAAAUGUUAAUCUUGGGGUUUACAGUUACCAGUGAAUCUGAUUUUCUGUACAUUCAGCUGCUGAAAAGUAGUAAAUCCAAAAUGAAGAUGCACAUUCUAAUCUUAUUCUGAUUUGUGGAGAUCUGAAAACAAAGUCUCCUACUGUCAAGGAGCGUUACUUUAAAUCUCUGGUAAUACCUUAAAGCUUCUUAGGGAAGAACCUGGGCUGCCUGUCUCUUCCAUCGGCUAACUCAACCCUAAUACACAUUGGGACCAGCUGGUAGAACAUGCUGCAGAACUUUUUACUUAUCCUGGUAGGUUUUUCCUGUGCUUUGACAAGAGUUGAUGCUCCUUCUUUCUUGAAUAUGUUUUUAUUAAACAUUCUUACAAAAACGAAAUUGUAUUUGGUCACAUUUUAUAUUAACAAUGUUUUAAUAAAGUCACUUUAAAUAGAACUGUCAA